AUGGGAUCAUCAAGCACCACACCAACGUUGUCUGAUGUCGAAGAAGGAAAUCCAGGGAUCCAGAAACAGCUGACCCUUACAUUUCGCAACCUCAAUGUUCAUGUCACAGCAUCAGAUGCGGCACUUGGCGAUAACCUAUUAUCCGUGGCGGAUCUACGACAGUUCUUUAAUGGCUUUUUCAAGAAUCAACGUCCAAAGAGGAGUAUUCUGAAAGAUGUCAGCGGCCAAGUUCGGCCCGGAGAGAUGUUACUCGUUCUUGGACGGCCUGGAUCAGGGUGUACCUCUCUCCUUCGCGUUCUGUCUAACGACCGCGAAUCCUUCGAUGAAGUCAACGGCGAAAUUCAUUAUGGAAGCAUGGACCACAUCGAAGCAAGACGAUAUCGACAACAGAUUAUGUUCAACAAUGAGGAUGACGUCCAUUUCCCAACCCUGUCCGUCGACGACACUCUAAAGUUUGCCUUGCGGACGAAGGUCCCGCGGGAGCGACCAGACGGCAUGGACAAGGCGAAGUUUCUCGAAGAUAAGCGAGAUACAAUCCUUAACUCGCUCGGCAUACCCCAUACGAAGAAUACAAAAGUGGGAAAUGAAUUCAUUCGUGGUGUAUCUGGAGGCGAGCGAAAGCGUGUAUCUUUAGCUGAGGUUAUGGCAGGACACAGCCCGAUUCAAUUUUGGGACAAUCCAACUCGGGGUCUGGACUCUAAGACAGCCGUGGAAUUUGCCCAGCUUCUACGCCAAGAAGCAAAUGAUUUCGGCAAGACUAUCGUAACAACAACCUAUCAAGCCGGAAAUGUGAUAUACGAUCAAUUCGACAAAGUACUCGCUCUAGCAGACAGUCGAGUCAUUUACUACGGACCUCGAGCUUUAGCUCGCUCCUACUUUGAGGAUAUGGGAUUUGUCUGCCCCAAGGGAGCCAAUAUUGCCGACUUUUUAACCUCCGUGACGGUUUUGACUGAACGAAUAAUCCGUGAAGGGAUGGAGGAAAAGGUUCCUAGCGGGACCAGCGAAUUUGAAGCGGCUUACCAUGCAAGCGGGAUCUAUACACAAAUGAUUGAGGAAAUUGUGCCUCCAGAGAAGCUGGAGAAUGAAAAAGAUGACCUGAUCACGGCGGUGACGAACGAGAAGAGAAAAUCGCAUAUUCCUCGUGGACACAGUCCUUAUACUACGAAACUAAUGGAACAGAUUGCAUCAUUGACUGUUCGUCAGUUCCAAAUUAUGAUGGGCGACAAGCUGUCCAUGUGCGUCAAGGUCGCCUCUGCAAUCAUCCAGGCCUUAGUGUGCGGUAGUCUGUUCUACGAUCUCAAGGAUGACAGCUCGUCCAUUUUCUUACGCCCAGGUGUCCUUUUCUUUCCGGUUCUUUACUUCCUGCUAGAAUCCAUGAGCGAGACAACGGCUGCUUUCAUGGGCCGUCCAAUUCUUGCACGGCAGAAGCGGUUUGGAUUUUAUCGUCCGACGGCAUUCUGCGUUGCCAACGCUAUUACUGACAUACCCAUCGUCCUAACUCAAGUCAGCUGCUUCUCGUUGAUCCUCUAUUUUAUGUCUAAUUUACAGAUGAACGCUGGAAAGUUCUUCACAUUCUGGAUUAUCGUCAGCGUAAAUACGCUUUGUUUUAUGCAAAUGUUUCGUGCAAUAGGCGCAUUGAGCAAAAGAUUCGGCAAUGCCUCUAAAGUCACCGGAUUGCUAUCGACCAUCUUUUUCGUUUACGGAGACAUGAGGGUCUGGUUUCGUUGGAUCUUCUACCUCAAUCCGGGUGCAUAUGCCUUUGAAGCUCUUAUGGCCAAUGAAUUCCACGGCUUAGAGCUCGAUUGCAUUGCGCCGGACUAUGUCCCCUACGGCAACGGAUACUCUGACUCUCAAUCUCCUUACCGGGGUUGUACUGUUGUCGGCAGCACUGACGGCGUGAUCAAUGGAGAAACUUAUAUCGGCGACCAAUUUCAUUAUUCGUAUCACCAUAUCUGGCGCAGUUUUGGAGUGAUUGUCGGCAUGUGGUUUUUCUUUAUUUUCCUCACUUCAGUCGGCUUUGAGCUACGCAACAGUCAGUCAGGCUCAUCAGUCCUCCUCUAUAAACGAGGUGGUAAAACGCAGACUGUAGACGAAGAAAACAGUCCUGACGCAUCGUCGGAUACCAGGGUCAUACUAAAGAACUCCGGCAAGCAGUCUACCUUUACCUGGAGUCAUCUUGACUAUCACGUUCCAUUUCAUGGAAGCAAAAAACAGCUGCUGAAUCAAGUGUUUGGAUACGUGAAGCCAGGAAACCUGGUGGCGCUGAUGGGAUGUUCCGGUGCUGGAAAAACGACUUUGCUAGAUGUCCUCGCUCAGCGCAAAGAUAGCGGAGAAAUUCACGGCUCUAUCUUGAUUGACGGUCGUCCACAAGGGCUCAGUUUCCAAAGGACCACUGGAUACUGUGAGCAAAUGGAUGUUCAUGAACCUACUGCUACGGUUAGGGAAGCCCUAGAGUUCUCAGCACUUCUCCGCCAGCCUGCACAUAUCCCACGCGCGGAGAAGAUUGAAUAUGUGGAUCAAAUAAUCAAUCUGCUAGAGCUGUCUGGUAUCCAAGACGCUUUGAUCGGAGUUCCUGGGGCUGGUUUAACCAUCGAACAGCGGAAACGAGUUACCCUGGGCGUCGAACUUGUUGCCAAACCCACACUUCUCUUUCUCGAUGAGCCUACAUCAGGCCUUGAUGGUCAAUCGGCUUACAACAUCGUUCGGUUCCUGCGAAAAUUGGUUGAUGGCGGGCAAGCAGUUCUGUGCACUAUCCAUCAACCCUCCGCCGUGCUAUUCGAUUCCUUCGACUCCCUAGUUCUACUUGCAAAGGGUGGUAAAAUGGCAUAUUUUGGAGAAACUGGUGAAGAGUCUGCUACUGUAUUGGAGUACUUCUCCAAGAACGGCGCUCCAUGCCCCCCGGAUACAAACCCAGCCGAGCAUAUCGUUGAGGUGAUUCAAACUAACCAAGAGGGAAGUGUUGAUUGGGUCGAUGUUUGGAACAAGUCAAAAGAACGUCAGGAAGCCAUUGCUCACCUAGAAUUCCUCAACAAUGAGAAUGCAGCCAAGAGCCAAGAGGACAAAGACCAAUCUGACUAUGCAACCUCGCACUGGUUCCAGUUCCGAAUGGUCUUGCAGCGACUUAUGAUUCAGCUAUGGCGGUCACCAGAUUACAUAUGGAACAAGAUUGUUCUGCAUAUCUUUGCAGCUCUUUUCAGCGGAUUUACAUUCUGGAAAAUUGGAAAUAGCUCUUUUGAUCUACAGCUCCGUCUUUUUGCUAUCUUCAACUUUAUCUUCGUUGCUCCUGGAUGUAUCAACCAGAUGCAGCCAUUUUUCUUGCAUAAUCGUGAUAUUUUCGAAACCCGAGAAAAAAAGUCGAAAACAUACCACUGGAGUGCCUUUAUUGGCGCGCAAGUGGUGUCUGAGAUCCCUUACUUGGUGAUCUGCGCUACGCUCUAUUUUCUGUGCUGGUAUUACACUGCUGGUUUUCCAAACGCUUCCAGUAUUGCUGGCGAGGUUUACUUGCAGAUGAUCUUCUAUGAAUUUCUCUACACUUCAAUCGGUCAAGCCAUCGCUGCUUAUGCUCCUAACGAAUAUUUCGCCGCAAUCAUGAACCCGGUCAUAAUUGGUGCAGGGAUGAUCAGUUUCUGCGGUGUUGUCGUGCCUUACGCGGACAUGCAGGACUUUUGGCGCUACUGGCUGUAUUACCUCGACCCGUUUACCUACCUUGUGGGUGGUCUCCUCGGCGAAGUCCUCUGGGAUGUGAAAGUGGAAUGCACGCCGUCCGAGCUGGUGCAAUUUGCAGUCCCCGCAGGCCAGACAUGUGGUGAAUACAUGGCAGACUUUUUGUCGUCGGCUACCGGUUACGUUGUGGAUGCAAACUCAACCACAUCGUGCUCUUACUGCCAGUAUGCCACCGGGGCGGAUUAUGCAAAGACAUUCAAUUUGAAGGAGAAAUAUUACUCCUGGAGAGAUGUUGGUAUCACUGCACUAUUCUGCUUCUCUUCCUAUGCCACAGUCUUCGUAAUGAUGAAGCUCCGAAGCAAAAAGACCAAGAGUGCGCGAUCUGAGUAA